UUUAACUGAUGUCAUAUUUAUGUCAUGUAAGGAAACGAAAGAAUUGUAAAAAUCCGAACGAAUGCGGAUUUUACAGUGAAAUAAACUAAACAACCAGUAUUUAUAUUUAUUCUCAUAAGUUAAGGAUAAAAUGGAGCUCAACGAUGUUAUAGUAAACCAGCCCGUGGUUAUAGAUAAUGGCUCUGGUGUUAUUAAAGCAGGUUUCGCUGGUGAUCAAAUACCGAAAUGUCGCUUUCCGAACUAUAUCGGUCGUCCUAAACAUGUACGUGUGAUGGCGGGUGCUUUAGAAGGGGAGUUAUUUGUGGGUCCACGCGCUGAGGAGCACCGCGGCCUGCUCAGCAUCAAGUAUCCAAUGGAGCAUGGGAUAGUCACCGAUUGGAAUGAUAUGGAGAGAGUUUGGAAUUAUAUUUAUAGUAAGGACCAACUUUCAACAUUUGCGGAAGAACAUCCAGUACUCUUAACAGAGGCGCCUCUCAAUCCUCGUCGUAAUAGAGAGAAAGCAGCCGAAGUGUUCUUUGAGACAUUCAAUGUGCCCGCUCUCUUUCUGUCAAUGCAGGCUGUAUUAAGUUUAUACGCGACAGGUCGUACAACAGGUGUAGUACUGGACUCAGGUGAUGGUGUUACUCACGCUGUGCCUAUAUACGAGGGUUUUGCGAUGCCUCACAGCAUCAUGAGGGUUGAUGUGGCAGGUAGAGAUGUCACCAGAUAUUUGAGACUGUUAUUACGUAAGGAAGGUGUUAAUCUUCGUACAUCAGCUGAGUUGGAGAUAGUGAAAGCUAUUAAAGAGAGAGCUUGUUAUCUUUCUCCUAAUCCGUUGAAAGAAGAGACUUUAGAUUCAGAACGGGCUCAGUAUACUUUGCCUGAUGGAACUUUACUUGAGAUAGGUCAAGCAAGAUUCCGAGCACCGGAGGUACUUUUCAGGCCUGAUCUCAUCGGGGAAGAAUGUGAAGGUCUCCACGAAGUGUUAAUGUUCUCAAUACAGAAGUCAGAUAUGGAUCUGCGUAAGGUUUUGUACCAGAACAUUGUUCUGAGCGGAGGAUCCACACUCUUCCGAGGGUUUGGAGAUCGUCUGCUGGCGGAGAUACGACGGCUUGCACCUAAGGAUAUGAAGAUCAGGAUCUCAGCUCCACAAGAGCGACUUUACUCCACAUGGAUCGGGGGUUCGAUUCUCGCUUCACUUGACACAUUCCGCAAGAUGUGGGUCUCUAAACGCGAGUACGACGAAGAGGGACAAAGGGCGGUGCAUCGCAAGACCUUUUAAAUGCUUUUAGACUCUAUUUCCACUAGGCGAUUAGUCACUAUCCCAAUAGAAAUUACUUCUAAUACUACAGAAAAUUUAAAUUCAAAUUUAUAGCUUAACUAAUUAAAAAAA